AUGGACCAAGAUCUUGCAGACCAACCGGAGCUCGAAGGUCCCGUCAAUCCGCUGUACCUUCGAUGGACAGGCGGAACUGAGCGCAACGAGAACAACUCCCGUAUAGUGGAUGUGGAACUAACUGGAGUUCAAAACCACGCUAAAAAAUACCAACUGAAUGGAGUCCGUACGGUGAAGGAGUUGAUGCUGCCGUUACAAUCCCGUAAUGUGGAAGAACUGGCUGAGAAAUACCCGCACUGUAGGAAUUUGCCGAUCGACUCCUACUCAAGUGUUCGUCCACGUAUCCUCAUCGGACUAAAGCACGCUCCAGUCAGCCUGGUACUGAAAAGUAAGGAAGGCAGCUUGGACCAACCUAUAGCCGUCAAAACAAGAUUAGGGUGGACAAUCUGCGGUGGAUGCGGUUCUGAUGAUGCUGCAAACUUCACCAACUAUGCGUUUCACGUGUGCGAAUGCAACCAUCAAUCCGACGAUGAGGUACACCAGAUGGUUAAGGAGUACUUUUCGAUGGAAAGUCUCGGCAUCAUGAAGAUGACUAAAGAUCCACUGUCGACAGAUGACCAACGAGCAGUCUCGCUUCUUCGAUCUCUUACCAAAUUCAACGGCAACCGGUUCGAGACCGGCCUACUAUGGCGAUACGACGGUGCUCGUCUGCCGGACAGCAAGGAGAUGGCGCUACGACGGUUCUACGGCCUCGAGAAGCGCAUGCAGAAGGACCCGGAAUUAGUCAAUGCCCUGAAGCAGAAAAUAUCUGAAUACGUGGACAAAGGAUACGCACGCAAGCUCACCAAGGAAGAGCUGGACAAACAUCACCCCAGUAUAUGGUACCUACCGGCCUUCCCGGUCUUCAACCUGAACAAACUCGGCAAAAUCAGGCCAGUGUGGGAUGCAGCGGCGAAAGCCUUUGGUGUCUCCCUCAAUUCUGCACUCGUUCCGUGCCUCGAUCAGCUGUGUUCUCUGUUUGCGAUAUUUCUGCAGUUCCGUGAAUACCGUUUCGGCGUUACCGGAGAUAUACGAGAGAUGUUCCAUCAGAUUCUCAUGCGGCAGGAAGAUCAACAAUGUCAACGGUUUUUCUGGAGGGACGAAACUGGUGAGAUCCAAGUUUACGUAUUAACCGUGAUGUCGUUCGGAGCAUGUUGUUCCCCGGCCAGUGCGCAGUAUUCUAAGAAUAUUAAUGCCGAUCGAUUCGCCGGAGAGUUUCCGGAAGCAGCUGAUGUGAUAAAGAAGCGCCAUUAUGUGGACGAUGCAAUGUUCAGCACCGAAACGCCUGAACAAGCCAUUCGUCUGGCGCAAGAAGUUCGUGAAGUACACUCUGCCGGUGGCUUCGAAAUACGGAACUGGGUGAGCAACUCACAACAAGUGCUGACAGCGAUGAACGAAGUCAGCGCGACCGACAAGAAUUUGGAUCUAUCCGUAAGUCUGAUGGCUACCGAGAAGGUGCUGGGAGUGUGGUGGCGUACCACCACCGACGAGUUCGUCUACAAAGUUGGCUGGGGUCGCUUCAAUCCUGAGCUGCUGACCGGAGGCCUUCGACCCACAAAACGCCAAAUGCUCCAGAUCCUUAUGACUAUCUUCGACCCGCUUGGACUGAUUUCCCACUUGCUCAUGUAUCUGAAAGUUCUCCUUCAAGAAAUAUGGCGAGCUGGCGUCCAAUGGGACGAAAAAAUCAGCGGUUCCCUACAUGAUAAAUGGAGCAGAUGGCUAAAAGUGCUGCCUUAUGUGGAAACCAUCCGGAUCCCCCGUUGCCACCGGUCACUAGGGAUCCCUGCUGACUGUGAGGUCCAAAUGCACGCAUUCGUUGAUGCCAGUGAGAAUGGUAUGGCUGCUACGCAGUUCCUUCGCUUCGAGCAUAAUGGCGCCGUGUGCUGCUCAAUAGCCGCGGCCAAAACAAAGGUGGCCCCUCUAAAGUUCCAAUCUAUACCGAGAUUGGAGCUGCAGGCUGCUUUUAUCGGGGCCAGACUAGCACGGUCGGUCAUUGAGUCUCUUUCGACUACAGUUCAUCGCCAAUUCUACUGGACCGACUCCCGUGACGUCCUGAGCUGGAUAAAAUCAGACCAUCGGCGAUACAGCACGUACGUAGCGAUUCGGGUCAGCGAAAUACUCGAUGUCACUGAAGCUGCAGACUGGCGCUGA